CACUCAUUUCCGCCCGAGGAGGCGUGCGAGUCCCACUAGGAGCCUAGGAAGAGAGUGUGUUUUUUUUUAAUCGAUCUCGCCGUCUAGACAGAUGCUUGCCGUGGCAUUUUGGGAAGGGGGCCAGGGAUAGGCCGUAUGUCUACAGGCGUGUGUCUUCAAUAGGGAUGUCUAGUUUAGUACAAGGAUUUUCACGGUUAAAAGUGCAAGAGCUACAUUAACGUACAGCAGUGGUAGCAGAGGAAGGCGCUGUAAAACAUAAUCGAUACCAGUCGUAACAGUAGCAAGGGUUAAUAUCAUUCUUCAGCUGGAACACUGAACUUUUGGAUGUCAGAAACUUUUAAAGCAACAGUUUGGAGAAAGAAAAGCUAUGAGUUCAGUUGUUGAAGACUCCUAGCCUCUGCCAGUGAUUUACAUAUUCAUUACACAGGUGCACUUUGUUCCAUGAUCACAAUGGAAAAGACAUCACAUUGGCUGAUACAUCACUUUAGUAAUAUCCUAGCAUUAGUGUUACUUACAGGCCUUGUGGCCAGUUCGAUUUCUGCAGCAGACAAUGCCAAAAGAACGUACUUUGAAGAAGAGAUAUCUCCAAAUCACAGACGCCUGAAAUUUUCAGCGCAGAAAGUGACAGAACGCCGCACUCAUAGUGAACGACCGAACAUCGUCCUUAUCCUUACAGAUGAUCAGGAUCUUUUAUUAGGUUCAAUGAAAUACAUGCCUAAACUACAGAGUCUACUGGUACGACAAGGAGCAUUUUUCAACUACUCCUUUGUUUCAACUCCUAUGUGCUGUCCAUCACGAAGCUCUCUGUUAACUGGUCUCUACACACACAAUCACAAUGUCCAUACUAACAAUGACAACUGCUCAUCUCCUCAGUGGAUACAGCAGUAUGAACCACGUACUUUUGCAGCAUUUCUACAUUCAUCUGGCUAUAGAACAGGGUAUUUUGGUAAAUAUCUCAACAAAUACAAUGGAACAUAUAAACCACCUGGCUGGGAUCACUGGGUGGGCUUGAUACGCAACUCACGCUUCUACAAUUACUCUGUCAACAACAAUGGAGAAAUUGUUAAGCAUGGUGACAAUUACUAUGCUGACUACCUCACAGAUCUUGUUGCCAAUGACAGUGUAGCCUUUUUCAAGCACAGCAAGCAGCGCUUUCCUACCAAACCAGUAAUGAUGGUUCUGAGUGUACCAGCUCCCCACGGGCCUGAGGAUGGCCCCCAGUAUCAACACAUGUUUGUCAAUAAUACAGAUCAUAGAACUCCCAGCUGGAAUUUAGCCCCCAAUCCAGAUAAGCAGUGGCUACUUCGACAAAUUCAGCCCAUGACACCCCAGUAUAAAAUGUUUACUGACCUGCUGCAGCGAAGACGCUUGCAAACCUUACAAUCUGUGGAUGAUCUUGUUGAGAAGGUAUACCAAGAACUGAACUUAAUAGGAGAACUGGAAAAUACUUAUAUUAUAUACACAUCUGAUCAUGGAUACCACCUGGGACAAUUUGGCCUUAUCAAGGGCAAGUCCAUGUCUUUUGACUUUGACACGCGUGUGCCACUCAUUGUCAGGGGGCCUGGCAUCAAGCAUGGCUCAGUGAUAUCUAAUAUUGUUGUGAACACUGACAUUGCUCCAACAAUGCUUGAAAUGGGAGGUGCUGCUGUACCUGAUUCUAUGGAUGGACUUUCUUUCUUUCGUGUUCUCAAAGGAACUAAAGAAGGUAACAGCAUGGACAGUCGAGGUUUUGUGAAAACCCCAGUUGCGUGGAGAGAUAGUAUUCUUCUUGAAAGAGGGAAGGUCUCAAAGAAAAUGAUUAAAGACCGGAUGAGAGAGGAGAAAUUGACAUUGAUGCAACAAAGUGGCAAUCAGCCUAAUCUUCACCUGUACCUGAACCCAAAACAGCAGAAAGUUGCCCGUCAGUGCUCUGAUCCUGAAAACCAGUACCCAUGUAAACCACAUCAGAAGUGGUACUGUGCAAUGGAAUCUGGGAAUGCACGUUUGUACAAGUGUCGAAAUGGUGACCAUACCGAGAUAAAUUCCAUACAGAGUGACCAACCGCAGCCAUGUACUUGUAGUGAUGGACGGAUAGGCCAGAGAGUAUCUUACCCUAGAGAACAUAUACGCCAUCGUAGAUUUCUCAGGCAGCAAGCAAAAAGAAAAGCCAAGGCCAGACUGAUGCGGAAACGCCGGGCAGCGUUACAUAGCUUUGAUCCAUAUGAGACACAAGUUCAGCCUCUUGGGGCAAUCGCAGGUGGAUUUCAGUUACGACGCUGCCGUGUGCUAUCAAAUGAAACAGUAUUGUGUGAUCAGGGUAUUUACCGUGACUAUGAUGAGUGGCUAUCACACUGGGAACAACUGGAGGACAUGAUCAAAGAGUAUAGAAAGGUUCUUGAUGACCUGAGGGGUAUCAGGGAGCACUUACUUUCUCAAAGACCACCUGACAAUUCUGAUGAUGGCAUGGAUAUGGGUAAUGGUGAUGAUGAAGAUGAAGAUGAUUGUGACUGUGACAGUGAUUGGAGCAGGCGAAUGCAGCGCCAGAAACAAAGGCUGCAGAGACGAUUGAGGAAACAGCAGCGAGACGAAGAACGAAAUCAAAGGCGUGCACGCCUUAUGAGAAAAAACAGGAAGUCUUGUAGUGGACACAGCAUGAAGUGUUUUUCUCAUGAUGAUGAUCAUUGGAAAACUCCUCCAUACUGGACGUAUGGGCCCUUCUGCUUCUGUUCUAAUGCAAACAACAAUACAUACUGGUGUCUUCGCACAGUUAAUCAGACCCACAACUUCCUUUACUGCGAAUACAUCACCAGCUUCAUUACUUUUUAUGAUCUGCUAAAGGAUCCCUUUCAGCUUUACAAUGUGGCAAAGACCUUAAACUAUGGUGUCCUUCAGCAACUUCAUGAGCAGCUUGCAGCAGCCAAAGAAUGUCGAGGCCGUGAGUGCAGGCACAAGAACCCUCAGCUGCGACAUGAUCCAGGAUGGAUUCCAAACUCAGGGGAUGAUGACAACUAUGAGGAGGAUGAGGAUGACUUUGACGAGGAUCCACCUGAAGAAGAUCCAGAUUUCUUUUAAACAAGAGAAUGUGUCAAAACUUGGAGUUUUUACAGAUGAACUCAACUUUUGGAAAGACUUAAGUCAGGAGCCACUGGUACUUGAUAGUGUUUGUCUGGCAGACGUGGGAGAUGGUGGGGUGUGGAGAAUAAAACUGAUCAUGCAAAUUGUUGAUGAUGUAUGACAUAGACCAAAACAAAGUGUGCAUAUAUUUGUAUAUAUUGAGCUAAAUUAGGUUUGUAGAAAUGUAUUUUUGUGCAGCAUGGUAAUAUGUAAUCUGUUGCAACAACUCAGGUGAAAUUGCUUUAAAAAUGGUAUUUUAGAGACAACUGUCAUUUUUUGUGCUAAAGGCUAUUGUUUUCAGGGUAUGACUUUCUUACUUCAAAGCUUUCAUGGGCAGAUUCAGCCAGCUGAUAGGUACAGCUAUAACCUUUCUUAGGCAGUGUGUGUCUAUGUUUGUGUGUGUGUGUCUGAGAACGAGAGAGAGAAAAACCACAUGUUCAUCAUUCAUUUUGUGUAGCAUUUAUUUACUAUUGCUCCAAGUGCAGCAGUUUGUCAUACAUUACCAUUGUAUUAGUAGCAUAACCUUUUUUCACCAUGAUUAGCUUUUAUUGCUUGUAGAUAUCAUCAAUCAACAAACCAUUACCACUGUACUGUUAUUACCACUGUAUUGUUAGGCAUAUGCCAUCCUGAAAAAUCAUGAUGACUGAUCAUUAAUAAUGAAUAAUAAAAGUAUGAUUUGUAUAGCACACACUUAUGCUUAUAAGGAACAUGCCAUUAGCGUUCGAGACAAGAACAAGACAUGGACAACAUAUGAAGGAACGGAAGGACAAACAACACUAUUAAUGACUAAUAAAAGAUAAAUAUAGAAAAUGCAAAAAAAAAGAUUCAGCUAACAAGAACAAAGUGUUGGGAUUUAGCAGAGGAAGAUGAGUAGGGAAGUAGCAAUAAACAGAAAAGUGGGGGUGGAUUGGUUGAAAAAAAAAAAAGAGUAGUAUUCUGUGGACUGUUGUAGGAGUAAUGCUCAAGGAAGAGGUGCGUUUUCAAUGCAGAUUUAAAUGGAUUCAGUGGUUGAUAGGUGGCAGAGAGAAUAAAAGGGGGAGAGUUUUACUGCAUAGUAACUUAAAAAUCCUGUGACUGUAUGUUGUUGUUUUGACGGAAUAGUGAGGAUAUGUUCAUCAGACGAAGAAGGCAGUUGGCUGCCUGGGAUGUAGGGGAAGAGAAGUUCAGAGUUCAGGGCAGGAGCCUGCAAAGGAAUGAAAACAGCACAGUUUGUACUUGGUGUGAGAACUGAUAGGUACUAAUCUAGCAGUGUUUGGGUGAUGUAACUUGCAUUGAUGUUCUGGUGCUUAAAUUCACUAAAAUUUCAACUGUUACUUAUGGUUUUUCCAAUUCCUUCAUUCCAUUUUUACUGAUCCCACCAAAUGCAAAUACUUCAAAUAUUUGCAGCGUGUUCUAUCUUCAUUUGAAUCAUUUUACAUUGUCUGUGACUUUAGUGUUGCAACAAAGACUAUACUUACCACAUUUAACCAUCAUAAUACAAGCUUUGUCAGCAUGCCAGAUGAUAUGCAAGUGAAGUCUUAUGUGCUGUAUGUCAUCACUUUCUGCUGACAGCUAAUAUGAAGAUAAGAUUCUUAUGUUCAGCUUAAGGACACUAUUGUGACUUCAGUAACACUACAGAUUUUGUCUUCUUGGCCAGUUGUGUAGGUGUGUGAUAAACUUCUUAGAUAAGUAUAUUCAUAUAAAUACAUACUAAAUUAUGUGCAUUUUGUACUUAAGGCAGUAGUGUCAUUUUACAUAGAAAGUCUUUUGUGUAGGAUUACAUAGUGUCUUCAGUGCCAUGCAGAUGCUUACAAAGAAGCAGAGUAUAAAUAGCCAGGCUUCUCUAUUGUUUUGCCCUCCUACUUAGAGAUGUCUCAGUGGUGCUACUGUCAUACCAGCUUGCCAUUUUGUGCUCUUUUACUUCGCUCACAUGAAUUUGUGAAAAUAUACACAACAUAUUCAGGAUUUUAUUCUUUUUUGAGUUCUUGUGUACACAUUACAAAAUUUUUAUCAUCUGUGUAGUGUUUACAGCUUUUUUUCAAAAAGUCUGUGAGCCAGGAGAGAGAUCGCUUGCAUGUCAAUGCUCACAUUUGGGCCAGACAUUCAUUCAUUAUAAACAAGUGCAGGCUCAAAUGCUCGAAACUUGUCUGAAAUGAACUUUCCAUUAUAGAAAAAUGGAUACACGUUAAUGAGGAUUCCAUAUUUGGCAACUUUCAUGCAUCUUUGAUUUAUGAAGUUGUAACUACUGUAUACCUUUAUGGAGCAACAAUUAUUGUUUCUUUUUUUGGCUUUCCUGUAGUUUGCAAACUUGGAUGUAGAUUACUAGAUGUAACACACUUUGACCCUGUAUAUAUGAUGGUUAUCCAUGUAGUUUUUCCUGCCAGUGUAUGCAGUAGUUAGCUAUUUGUUAUUAUGAUAAUGUAAAAAUAUGCAGUAGCUAGCUGUUUAUUAUUAUGAAAAUGUAAAAUGCAUAGACAGGUGCAUAUUUUAGUGUAUGAUUUGCACAUCUGCAAGAUAUUUUAUCCACCUAAUCAGCUGUUUAGGAUAUAACAUUUAUCAAUAAGUAUUAACAAACUAAAAAAAAUACAGUUGCUGUUUGGUCUGGUAUCUACAAGGAUACAAAAAGUAACCACAUACCAUUUAGACCAGAAACUGCUGUAAGAGGCAAGUAUUGAAAAUGAUCUGCAGAAAUGUGUAAAGAUUUAAUAUUUUCUGGAAAAUAUCCCAUGUUUUCUAGGAUCAUUUCUAGAUGCUUGGUAUGUAAAGUAACAACUGGUAGACUCCCCUUUGAAAAAGGAUCCGGGUUACUUUUUUCAUGUUGUUAACAGCAGGAUGGUAAUGGUAUGCAGCUGCUGCCAGAUGAUUCCCCAAUCAUAUUGUAUUCUCUCCAUCUAAGCACAUAGCCCCUUUUUAAAUGUAUGAUUUUCAUUUGGACAGCAAAGUGCAUAUUUCAGUUGA